UGCAACAUAUGUUGCAUAUAUGAUGUUCUCAACGUGAAAUCUCCCUCUGCAGUCCCAGCAAUGAUUAUCACGGGUGGCUAUGGCAACGCCAGGAAGAAAAGACACAUCCCCGACACCAUCAUCAGGGUUUUUUUGUAUUGUGUCCAGUUUCAGUUGACCCCUCUAACCAAAGGAUGCCAGCAGAGUUGGGGCCCACACACCCAGUGGAUGCAGCCCGAGGGGGGGGGGGGCAGCAGGUGUGCGGGAGAUGGAAAGGAAAAUUUAGAGAGCAGAAGACCAUCUCUCUGGUGGCAGGUGGUGGGGAAUCCUCCAUGCACGGGUGUGUGGAGGCGUGUGGGGAGGCUGGAGGCCUGUUCCUGCCCAUCAGCCCACAGCUUCCUCUUCAUCUAACCUCCUUCUCCUCUUCCUCCUCCUCCUCUAUAUUUUGACUCAGACUGGUGGUAAAAGAACAGCCUGCCAAAAUAUUAAACACCGGCCUCAUUAAAAUGAUCUGUUGUGCUUUCUUCCCCAGAUUGGAGCAACGACAUGUAAACAUUUAGUUGAUGAGGCUUGAUUUGUUCAAAUGAAAAAUCCUUACUGCUCAACAGAUAUAUAAAUUGAUAUUACAUAUAUUCCUGUGUCGGUUUGCAUAGAAAACUGCAAAUUACCAGUAAAAUGAAAGUCAGAGUUCCCUAAUCAAAAUGUAAAGUGAUUUGAUUUAUUUCAUUUUAGUCAUUCAAGGGAGAUUUUGCUUGUCUUUAUGAAAUAGGAAUAUCUGCGGACAUUGAGACAUUUUUUUUUUACGUGACAGGUACUGGCUCUGUGUGAAUCACAACCAGUUACAACGCCAGAGUUACAACAUGCACGGAACAAUAGAACAUUUACACAGGAACGACAGCAUAGAAAGUCAACAGGUAAAAAUUAGUUUUGUUAUUUUUACAAAACAGACAGCCUCGGGACCUACAAACAACAUUGUAUAAGAGCUGGCUAAGGUUGUUCAAAUAUAGUUUUUUCAAUUAUCUGGAAACAGUGUACUUUUAUAAAGACUGAUGGCUUAGGCAAGGUUGGGGUCAAUUUCACUGAGAGUU